UCACUCUUACAUGCAAACCAGGUGUCCUUGUUUAUUACUCAACAUAACAAUCAACGAUGACAGCUGAAAACAAACCAACCAUCGAAAAACAAAACCCGGUGGAACGUUCAAGAAUGUGCAUGAAGGCUCUAUUCUUGGUACAAAAGAAUAAAUGAUGUUUAAAUAAAACGGGCCUAAUCAAAUAGAAACCUAAUCUAUCAAGACAUUGAAAGUGGUGUGUAUAAUCCCUAUCCUUUACAAUGUCUUCGUAUAUCAUUACGCACAAUUGUGAAAGUUGUUGGACUAGGCGAGUUAGACAGACCGCCAGUCUCAUGUGCAAUGACUGUCGUAUACCAAUGUGCGAUGCUUGUUCCGAAAAACAUAAAGGACAGUUAGGCCAUCGAAAUUUUUCAAGCUUGGCGAAGCAGGAACCCACGAAAGAGGAAGAUAGCGACUACACGUACGAGGAUAGCGACGACGAGGAGAACAAGGCUGAUAAAGACGCUAUCAAAAUGUCCACACUUCUGCUAAAGGAAGUUUCGGUGAAACUACCAGAGGAAAAGGACUGCAAGGUCACAGGGUUGUCAGCUUUCACAAACGAGGUCAGUACCCUGGUGGCAGAUGUGGAAAACAGGAUGUUGAAGCUGUUUGACAAUAAUCUAGAGCUGAAAUGGACAGUACCCGUAACUCGAGAUUGUGUUGGAGUCACAGUGGUGUCCGAGAAAUCUUUCGCCACGAUAGCAGGGAAAAAACUCCAGUACUGGGACGUAGAGAUCAACGAAGAUGAAACCAUUGUUCCAAAGAUGGAGGAAGAAGUGGAAAUUAACCAUACGGGUUUUGCAGUUCACUCAAAUGGCAAAUACAUCGGGGUUCUCAUGAGUUCCGAUCAUCAAGUUCAGAUUUUCCACCUUUCGUGUGACGAAAUGCAAGCGAUCGACUUGAAAACUAUCGCAAACAGAGCCAUAACUCCUGGCUUUACGCUGCUUUUAGACUCGGAUCUUGACCGGUUCUACAUAUCAGACAGAGACUAUGUAAACGGAACCAAACUUCUGAGCGUGUCUUUCACGGGUGAGGUGAUUUGGGAGUGUCCCGUGCCUGCGUCCGUCGGGGGAAUUGCUGAAUGUGACAAUCUAUUGUUUGUGGUUAGCAUUGGAUAUGCCAAGAUACACAUGAUUACAAAAGAUGGAAUGGACGUUGGAACUUUGGUGUCUGACGAAGGAAAACUACCUUUCCAUAUCUGUACCCAACCAUUAGAAAAAACACUGAUAGUGUCUCAUAACUUUACUGGAAGUGACAGAAAUAUUAUAAGAGUGUACAAUUUAGAGGAAAUUCUCUAUGAACAAGAAAAAUUCGAAAAGGACGAUGAAGAGAUAGAACUACCUUAAUGUUUUCGUUUUUAUUUAUCUUAGGCUUCUUAGCGCUCAGUCUGUUAUUCUUUGAUGGUGGAUAUGUUUCGCAAUGUCAAGAUUUGUUUUUAUACUUAUUAUUAUUAAAAACCUAAGUUCAAGUGGAUGUACUCCAACUCAUUUCUUCUCUUUCUGAACGAUAAGCUUCAAGUUCAAAUAAUUAUUUACCCACGAAAUGAAUCUGGUAUUUAAAUUUCAUUUUCUUGAGGACUGGGAGAAGAUCGAUUUGGAGCCAGAUCAAUUUAAACACAGUGCUUAAUGUUUCUAAAGAAUGUCUCACAUUUUUUUUCUUAGCGACACCCACCCGCAUAAAUGUUGUAAAUCAGUGUAUACUAAUAUGUGUAACAUCUCAUCAAAUGCCAUUUAUCUUUACACGAUGAAAAGGAAUGCAUACAAAUUAAGAAGAGAAAUCUUUA